AUGAGCGAUACUACUACACGGAGCGAGAAGAGCAUGGAUACUAAAGCUCCCCAGCCUCAAGAACCACCAUCCAGACCGGCCGGUGGACCAUCGCCCCCGCCUAAUGGAGGUACUCUGGCAUGGCUGAAUGUCUUGGGCAGUUUCAUGCUCUAUUUCAAUACCUGGGGUAUUCUCAACACCUUCGGUGCCUACCAGACUUACUAUGAGUCUGGGAAGCUCUUCACCGCGAGUUCUUCCGAUAUUUCUUGGGUCGGCUCGAUCGCAGCAUUUAUGUUGCUCUUCGUGGGACUCUUUGUUGGCCCGAUUUAUGACCGUGGCUUUCUCCGCACUCUCCUUAUUGUUGGUGGGUUCAUGGUCGUCUUUGGGCAUAUGAUGCUCAGUCUCUGCAAGACCUUUUGGCAAGUCCUGCUCGCCCAAGGCUUCGUGGUGGGUAUCGGCACCGGUUGUCUCUUCGUGCCUUGUGUCGCUAUCAUUCCUCAGUACUUCAGCACCAAAAUGGGCAUGGCUAUGGGUGUCGCUGCUUCGGGCUCCGCCCUUGGAGGUGUCAUUUAUCCCGUCGUUCUGUAUCGACUGAUCAACGAGAUCGGCUUCCCUUGGGCUGUUCGCGUCAUUGGCUUCAUCGCGCUAGGAACCCUGUUGAUCCCUUUGUCCGUGAUGAAGCUUCGUGUUAAGCCCCCCAAGGUUCGCGCCAUCUUGGACCCGACCGCAUUCACCGACGUCGGCUACAUGGCAUUUAUCCUCACCUCUCUUAUCGCCUAUAUGGGUUUGUUCGUUAUCUUGUUCUACCUUUCCUACUACUCCGCUGCGGAGCACAUCACCGACGAAUCUCUCGCCUUCUAUCUGGUUACCAUCUUUAAUGCUGCAUCUGUGUUUGGCCGAACGAUCCCCAACAAGAUGGCGGACAAGAUGGGUCCCUUCAACCUUCUCGUACCGGCCUCCUUAAUCUCGGGUAUGUUGAUGCUGGUCAUGAUGGCUGUGCAUUCCAAAGGCGCGAUUAUCGUCAUGGCGCUGCUCUCCGGCUUCAUGAGUGGUGCUCUCAUUGGCUUGCCUCCUAUGUGCCUCGCCAUGCUCACCCAAGAUAAAUCGAGACUGGGAACCCGAGUCGGUAUGGGUUAUGCCAUUAUCGCUCUGGGUGUGCUCAUUAGCGGCCCCAGCAGUGGCGCGAUCCUUAAGACCGGUGGCGACUCCCUUAACUGGCACAGCUUGUGGACGUUUGGUGGUGUACCGACUUGCGCCGCGGGUCUGUUAUACGCCGCGAUCCGUGUGGCUAAGUACGGCCCUAAGCUUGCCAUUAAGGCAUAA